AUGUACUUCAGUGGAAUCAAAGAAAAAUACCAAAACCAAAGAAGAGAGAGUUCCUGCCCCACACAGUCAUGGAAAAAUGAGUAUUUGCACCAAAAAUUCACACAACUGCUAUUUCUACACAGAUCUCAACCCAGAGGAUAUGACUUCCUACUCAGGAGAAGGAAUCAUGAGGUGGUAGAUGAACAAGAAAAUUGGAUGGAGAUUGGAGACUUAAUUGGCCCAGGCCUGAGUACCCAGGAGGAGCCUCCCACUGUUGUGGUGCAUGGAGUUGCUGGAAUCGGGAAGUCAACCCUGGCCAGGCAGGUGAGGAGAGCCUGGGAGGAAGGCUGGCUGUUCAGGGACCUCUUCAAGCAUGUCUUCUACUUCAACUGCAGAGAGCUGGCCCAGUCCGAGACCAUGAGUCUCGCUGAGCUCAUCACAAAAGACUGGGCUGCUCCUGAUGCUCCCAUUGGGCAGAUCCUGUCUCAGCCAGAGCAGCUGCUCUUUAUUCUUGAUAACUUAGAUGAACCAAAAUGGGACUUGAAGGAGCAGAGUUCUGAGCUCUGUCCACACUGGAGCCAGCAGCAGCAGGUGCACACACUGCUGGGCAGUUUGCUGAAGAAAACCUUACUUCCCACAGCUUCCCUGCUGAUCACAGCUCGGAUCACAGCUCUGAGAAAACUCAUUCCUUCUUUAAAGCAUCCUCACUGGGUAGAGGUCCUGGGAUUCUCUGAGUCGGCCAGGAAGGAGUAUUUCUUUCAAUAUUUCACAGAUGAGAGCCAAGCGAUUAGAGCCUUUACCUUGGUUGAAUCCAACCCGGCUCUCUUCACCAUGUGUCUCAUGCCCUUGGUGUCCUGGCUGGUCUGCACUUGCCUGAAGCAGCAGAUGGAGCAGGAGCAACCACUCUCACUGACCUCCCAGACGACCACAGCCCUCUGUCUGCACUACUUUUUCCAUGUUCUCCAGGCUCAGUCCCUCGGGACUAAGCUGAGGGGCUUCUGCUCUCUGGCUGUUGAAGGCACCUGUCAAGGAAAGACUCUGUUCAGCCCCAAGGACUUCAGGGAACACGGGUUAGAUGGGGCCAACAUCUCCACUCUCUUAAACAUGGGUGUUCUUAAAGAGCACCCCACCCCUCAGAGCUACAGCUUCAUUCACCUGUGCUUCCAGGAGUUCUUUGCAGCAAUGUCCUAUGCUUUAGGUGAUGGAGUGUUGAAAGGUGAUUGCUUUAAUAACAUCAUAAUUACAAUAGACUUGACAGGUGUAUAUGACAGGCAUGACCUAUUUGGGGAACCAACCACAUGUUUCCUUUUUGGCCUUUUGAGUGAUCAGGGGAUGAGAGAGAUGGAGACCAUCUUCAAAUGCAGCCUGUCUCGGAAGAGGCUUCCCUCUCUGCUGCACUUGGCCAAGAGGGAGGUCCUUUUGAAGCGUCUGAACCUAGACCCAUAUUCUUGGCAUUUGCUGCACUGUUUUUAUGAGAUUCAGGAUGAAGACUUUAUGAAAAAUAUUUUCAUUCCCUUUACAUUGAGGAUAUGUGUCCAAACUGACAUGGAGCUCCUGCUGUUCACUUUCUUCUUUACAUUCUGCCACCGCAUUGAAAGGCUUCAACUGAAUGAGGGUGGACAGCACAGACAAGCAGGAAGGACUUCCGGUGCAUUUCUGUACAGCUGGGGCCCGUUUACAGAUUCCUGGUGGCAGAUGUUCUUCUCUAUUCUCAAAGUCCCUAGAAGCCUGCGGGAGCUGGACCUGAGUGGGAACUCUCUGAGCUGCUCUGCAGUACAGAGUCUUUGUGAUGCCCUGAAAAGCCCUCACUGCCGCCUGGCGACCUUGAGGCUGGUCAGGUGUGGCCUCACAUACAACUGCUGCCAGGACCUGGCCUCCAUGCUGGGUGCCAGCCCCAACCUGACAGAGUUGGACCUGCGGCAGAACGACCUGGGCGACCUCGGUGUGAGGCUGCUCUGUGAAGGCCUCAGGCAGCCUGCCUGCCAACUCAGGAACCUAUGGCUGAACCUGACUCGACUGAGUGAGGAGGUGACAGAGAUGCUGAGUCUCCUGCGGCAGGAGAAGCCUCAGCUGGUCAUCAGCAGGCGGAAGCCAAGUGCAACGAUCACUAAGAUGGUCCCAGGUGGAGGACAGACGAGGGAUGGCACAUCCCCACCCCAAUGGCAGAGAUCAGAAUCAGAGGAGAGCUUCUCUCAACUAUUCCAGGAACUCUCCUCUCUGUCAUCUUGUGAACCUCUGGGGAACCAACCAGUGGAGCCUCUAACUAUGGAUAAUUAUUUCUGGGGCCCCACAGAGCCUGUGGCUACAGAGAUGGUUGACAAACACAGGAAUCUUUACCGAGCUCACUUCCCUGUGGCUGGUUCCUACCACUGGCCCAACACAGGUCUCUACUUUGUGGUGAGAGGGCCAGUGACCAUUGAGAUUGAAUUCUGUGCUUGGGACCAGUUCCUGGACCAGACUGUCCCACAGCACAGCUGGAUGGUUGCAGGGCCUCUUUUUGACAUCAAGGCCAAACCAGGAGCUGUGGCAGCUGUGUACCUCCCUCACUUUAUAGCCCUCCAAGGGCAACAUGUGGACAUAUCUUUGUUCCAAGUGGCCCACAUUAAAGAGGAUGGGAUACUAAUGGAAAAGCCAGCCAGUGUGGAGCCACAUUACAUAGUCCUGGAGAACCCUAGCUUCUCCCCCAUGGGCGUUCUACAGAGAAUGAUCCAUACAGCCCUGUGCAUUCCUGUCAUCUCCAACGUGUUGCUCUACUAUCGCCUCCAAUCCGAGGAAGUCAACUUCCAUCUCUACCUAAUCCCCAGCGACUGCACCGUUCGAAAGGCCAUAGAUGAUGAAGAAAAGAAGUUCCAGUUUUUUCAAAUACGCAAGCCGCCCCCGCUGACACCACUCUACUUGGGCUCCCGAUAUACUGUGUCUGGUUCAGACAAGUUGGAAAUAAUCCCUGAGGAACUGGAGCUCUGCUAUCGAAGCCCUGGGAAACCCCAGCUCUUCUCUGAGUUCUACGUUGGUCAUUUUGUGUCGGGGAUCCGACUGCAGAUUAAAAGCAAAGAUGAUGAGACUGUGGUAUGGAAGGCCUUGGUGAAAUCAGGAGACCUCAGACCUGAAGCUCCCCUGGUCUCUCAAGCCAUGACAGAUGCCCCUACUUUGCUGCACUUUGUGGACCAGCAUCGGGAGGACCUGGUGACUCGAGUGACAUCGGUGGACACAGUCCUGGACAAGCUGCAUGGACAGGUGCUGAGCGAGGAGCAGUAUGAGAGGGUGCGGGCUGAACCCACUAAUCCAGACAAAAUGAGGAAGCUGUUCAGCUUCAGCAAGUCCUGGGACUGGGCCUGCAAAGAUCAACUCUACCAAGCCCUGAAGGUGACCCAUCCUCACCUAACUGAGGAUCUCUGGGAGAAGUGA